UCACAGUUUGUCACGAUGGCACAGGAAUCAUCUCACCACCGUGUCCCUCCACCCACUGCCACCACUCUCCAUUCUGGCAAGUCCACUGUAUUUAAAGUCGGGCAUUUCAUGGUGUACACAUGUAUACAGUGGAGCCUCUCAACAAGGGACCGACGAAUUUGUCCCGUCAAAAUAAUACACUAAAGUAUUAGCAUGGGGUUGAAACAAGUGUCCUUUGUAGAGAGGUCGUCCCUAUCUCAGAGGUCAAAUAUUAUCAGCAUGGGCAAGUGUCCUUUGUAGAGAGCUCGUCCUUAUCUCGGAGGGUCCCUUAUCGGAGGUUCAACUGUGCACAUACAAUAUAUUGGUUUCUGUGAACAGAGAGUGUUUGGGGGUUGCCUUUGUCUUAGCCUCGGUCCCAGGCUUUGCUACUUUAGCAACGCUCACACCACUGUAUGGCAUACAUGUAAGCGAGGAAACUGCUAUACCUUUUGACUGAUAAUAAUAAUAUACAGACUUAAGCCCAGUCAGUUGAACUGCCCCUGCUCAGUGAGUGGAGUAUAUACUCUGUCUGGGAAGCAGAGUGUCGUGGGUUCAAGUCCUAUCCAGGGCAGACGUUUUGAAAGAGCAGUGUUGCCCUGUGAUACAUAGAUGUUGUUGAAUUGUUGCCUUAAUUGUCUUUACACGUGUGGUAAAUGGUCCACUAGGAGGUGGGGGAGCGGAGGAGGAGGAGGAAGGAGGGUUGGACCCAGAAGUGGCCAGGUUGGCUGGUAAACUAGACCAGUGGUGUCUGGACCUCAAGAGAAAUGUUCUGGCGGAGUUUGAGCAGGCCAGGAUAAGGGUGUUGGAGAACAAGGAGAGAGAAAUGGAAGGAGAGCUGCAACAACAGGCCUAUGCUAUGCAACAGUUACGGGAGGAACUGGAGAGGUACAAGGAACUGGUGGCUACGCUAGAGACCUCCAUUUCCAGGAAAGACCAGCUGAUUACCAGCCUCAAUACCAGCAUUGAGAAACAGAAAUCCAGAGUUCAGCUUCAGAAGAGCUUUAGUACUUGGAAAAUACAGCACCACGACGACCAAAGAGAGGCAUUCACAUCGGCUCUGGCCCGGCGUCACUACCACUCCCAGUUGCAGAGGAAGAUGUGGGAGGCGUGGUUUGGGAUCAUCAGAGAGCGGUGGAGACAGAGGGUGGAGAGAGCAUGUCAGACAAAGGCGGAGGAGGUGUGUGUUCAUUUGACGGCUGACUAUGAUGAGACACUAGCUGUGUCUCAGAGGGCUCUGGACGAGGCAAGACAAGAGAUCCUCCAGCUAAAGUCACAGCAGAGUCUCUACGAACAGAACAUGAAGCAGGCCUUCAUGAGGGGAGUGUGUGCUCUCAACAUGGAGGCCAUGACCAUGUUCCGGGGUGGCGGUGGGAACGGGGUAACCCCUGCUAAUCAGGAGGACGAGGAGUCUGACGUAGGACAGAACCAAGAGGUUAUGGGGAGUGACGUAUCACUAGAUCCUCCGCCUCCCCUCCCACCCUCACACUCGGCACCGCUAUCACAUCUCUAUGGCACCCAAACGAACAUUCCACAGAGUCGUUCUUCCCAUCCUCCACCAUCCUCACAACCUUCACACUUCCCACCCCCUCACACCCUCCCCAUCCCCCCACCCACUGCCGUUGCAACUUCCUCUGUUCGUAUCCAGACCUCUCAACAGUCAAAGCUCAAUAGUCUGUCUUCUAGAGGUCAAAGUACAGUGGGUGUGGCACCUCGUAGAAGGGGGUGUGGUCUGACCAGGCCAGCUGUUAUGGUUGAACGACACACUCUAGGAUAAUGUCUGUAUUAUAAUCUCAUGCAUUAUACACACCUUCUUUAUUUUGAUAUUUUGCGUCAUGAAAAUGUGUAAAGGUGUAGGAUGCAUAUUAUUAUUAUUGUCCAUC